AGUACGGACCGCAGCCGGUCUGAGGCGAAGCCCGAACGCCAUGGAACAGCCCCGGAAGGCAGUGGUGGUGACGGGCUGUUUGUGGGUGAGACCGCCCCUCGCUGUCACCAACUCCCUUAAAGUACCUGUUCCUUGAGGAGACUCAGAGCGACGUGAGCGUCAACUUCUGCUGGGUGUGUGGCUGGGGGGUCAUUUUGAUUCGCCUCCUGGAAUGGUCCCAGUGAGAAAUCCAGAUAAGGUUCACACAGGUGUUCUGUGAUCUGGGAAGGUGGAACCAGUCCUGAGAUUCUCAGGAAGAAGCCACUCAACCUGAUGAACAGGGUUUGGUCCUUUUGGGGAACAUACCGUGAAUGCCAGCUGGAUUGCAGUCCAGGAGCUGGAGAAGCUGGGGCUUGGCGACAGCGUGGACCUGCACAUCUAUGAGAUUCCAGUGGAGUACCAGACAGUUCAGAGGCUCAUCCCCGCCCUGUGGGAGAAGCACAGCCCACAGCUAGUGGUGCAUGUGGGUGUGUCAGGCAUGGCCACCACAGUCACAUUGGAAAAGUGCGGCCACAACAAGGGCUACAAAGGACUGGACAACUGCCACUUCUGCCCCGGCUCCCAAUGCUGCGUGGAAGAUGGGCCUGAAAGCAUUGACUCCAUCAUCGACAUGGAUGCUGUGUGUCAGAGGGUCACUACAUUGGGCCUGGAUGUGUCAGUGACCAUCUCGCAAGAUGCUGGCAGGUACCUCUGCGACUUCACCUACUACACCUCUCUGUACCAGAGUCACGGCCGUUCAGCCUUUGUCCACGUGCCUCCCCUGGGCAAGCCAUACAACGCAGACCAGCUGGGCAGGGCCUUGCGGGCGAUCAUCGCAGAGAUGCUGGGUGUCCUGGAGCAGUCAGAAGACAAAAUCAGCUAUCGCCACACACACUGAAAGUCACUCAGGCCUCUCAAGACCUCGUCCCACCAGGGACCCCAGGAGGAGACAAACCUUGCAGCUGGGGAUCUGAUUCGGAUCAAAUAUUUCAAUUUACAUACCUCCUCUCCCUUUUCCUCCACAAGAGCACUAAUUGAUUUGAAGGAG